AUGGCGCCAGCAACGAGAUCAUUGAGAAGAGAUAAGGUGGAGAGUUUAGUAGAUAGCACGGAGGCGGCGGCAGAACAAUUGCAGAAUGGCGAAUUGAUGGCUCUGGAGACGGUGGCCGAUUUGGAUGAGUAUUAUGCAAUGAGGGAGAAGAAGAAGGAGAAGGGACAGAGGAUGAUUGAUGAUGAUUCGAUUUCCUUUUCGGCUUUCGACUCGCAGCGGAAAUCAAAGGUGCCGGAAUGGUUGAGGUUUCCGUUGGUGGUGGUGCUUAGUCUGGUGGGUAGUGGGUUGGCGUAUAGUUUGAGUGCGAAAUAUUUGGAUGGAGAGGAUUUGGGGAGGGUCAGUAGGAGGUUGGAGGGCUGGGAUGAGUUGGGGGUUUUGUUUGGGUGGAGGUCGAUGGAGUUGGCGUUGGGUUGGUUUGGUAAUUAUGAUGGGUAUGAUCUUGCAGCUUUGAGUUUGUUGUCUCAUGGUCCUCCGUUGUAUCUUCUAGGCACUUUCUAUGAAGUUGGCAUGAAGACUGUCUUAUCAUCACUUCUGAUCGAUACUCUCACAACUUAUAUUCCAUUCCGAUUGCUUCGACCCCUCUCUCCUGCUCACGCAGACUCCCCAUCUGUCCCAAAUCGAGAUAUUACUUCAGAUCUUCCCGUUCAGAUCAUCACAACACUCCUCGCGGCAUCCAUCUACAGUGUCACUCUCUACGGCGCAUACAUGUCCUACAUGCCACUCUACCUUGCCACCUAUUUCGAAGGUAUCCCCUCCAUCGCCGCUGCAUACUCGGCAACUCCCACUUCUCUCCUCCCUAUGACAUUACUCCUCGGUCUCGCAACUCGUUCAUUUAUCUUCACACCAACUACAGCUACCAAAUCCUCUGACUCCAUGGCACCGCCGUUCAAUCCUGAAACUGCUACAUUGGGAGAUACUAUCUGGUGGAACCUGUGGGGUUGGUCGAAGAAAACCAAGAUGGUUAUUAAGAGAACAGCUACUUUGAUGACAGUUACGGGUGUUAACACUUUCUUGCAAACAUAUAUUACGGUCGAGGGGGUGGAAGCCGUGGGUGCGGUGGCGUAUUCGGGGGUUUGGGUUGUGGCGGCGGGUAUUUGUGGGGGUGUGCUGGGAUUUGUGGGCGCAGUUUAA